AAUCUGGAGAUGGCACUUAGACCGUCCAUCUCGAGAUGGACGGAUGAUUUCAACCUUGAUCGCGGAGGUCGCACUGCUCCUUCUACCUCCCUUCAUCCCUAGAUGGACGGCUGACAACGGAGAGCACAGCCCACUGGAAACUGUCCGAAGCGCCCUCCCCUUAACCCGCGAGCUAUAUUCUCUCCGCCAUUUGCUCCCCGCUUUCCCUCGCUCCUCUCUGCAAGCUCCCGUUUGGUCGCGGCCUGUAUCAAGAAAUUGCGAGCGCAAGGUAAUCUUUGAGGCGAUGGGCAACGUGAUUCGGAGGCUCUUUGAUGCUGUGUUCGGCAAUAAGGAAAUGAGGGUUGUUAUGCUUGGCUUGGAUGCUGCUGGAAAAACAACAAUACUGUAUAAACUUCAUAUUGGUGAAGUUCUUUCAACUGUUCCCACCAUAGGUUUCAAUGUUGAAAAGGUGCAGUAUAAGAACGUUGUUUUCACUGUAUGGGAUGUUGGUGGACAGGAAAAGCUUAGGCCACUUUGGAGACAUUAUUUUAGUAACACAGACGGCCUGAUAUAUGUUGUUGAUUCACUAGACAGAGAAAGAAUAGGGAGAGCAGCAAUGGAAUUCCAGGCAAUCGCAAAUGACCCUUUAAUGAGGAACAGCGCCAUCCUAGUGUUUGCGAACAAGCAAGACAUGAAAGGAGCCAUGAGUCCUGCUGAAGUAUGUGAUGCUCUCGCCCUUCGGAACAUGCACAACAGAAGGUGGCACAUCCAGGGAGCUUGUGCACUAAAAGGCGAAGGCCUGUAUGAAGGUUUGGAUUGGCUGGCCUCAACACUAAAUGAAAUGCAAGCAUCGGGGAUCCCAACUUCAGUUGGUGGAAUGACUCGUUGAUUGGAUCAGGCUAAGAAACGUCGUUGCAAGUAACUGGAGCAGUUUCUCCUUUAUGUUGCUUUCGCGUGUGGGAUUGAUGUACAAAUUAUUGCCCAACUGUAAAAUGUACAGCUUCCAUUAUGAAUAACAAUGAGUUUUGUCA